CUUCUGGGAGUUGAAGUCCAAAAGCACAGGAACGGGGCGGGGCUGGUUACCAGGAAGCGCUUCGGCGGGAGGCGAGCGGGGCGUCGAGGCGGCGGCAUGGAGCAGUGUAAAAAUCAUAGCCAUGGUCCCCUUCGCCACCACGGGCACAGCUGGCCUGAUAUGUAUGAAGGCAAAGAUCUACUCAAAGAGCAAGAUGUGGUUCCUUUGGUGGAGGACUACAGUACUUUUGAUAUUGUCAAAGCAACCCAAUAUGGUCUUUUGGAACGAUGUCAGGAGUUGGUAGAAGCAGGAUAUGAUGUAAGACAGCCAGACAAAGAAAGUGUAACUCUACUUCAUUGGGCAGCAAUCAAUAAUCGGCUGGAUCUUGUAAAAUUCUUUAUUUCCAAAGGUGCAGUGGUGGAUCAACUAGGAGGGGAUUUAAAUUCGACUCCACUUCAUUGGGCUAUUAGACAAGGACAUUUGUCUAUGGUCAUACUUCUGUUAAAACUUGGAGCAGACCCUACUCUUAUUGAUGGUGAAGGAUAUAGUGGUCUGCACUUAGCAGUGCUUUUUCAACACAUGCCCAUCAUAGCCUACCUCAUAGCAAAGGGUCAGAGUGUUGACACAACUGAUCGCAAUGGGCAAACUCCUCUUAUGCUAUCAUCUUACAAAGUAAUUGGGCUGGAACCUACUCAAUUUCUGUUAAAGUUUCAUCCUUCUAUCAAAGCUGUAGACGACAUAGAAAAGAACACUGCAUUGCACUGGGCAAUUACAGCAGAAAAUGUUAACGCUAUAGAUGUAUUAUUAGAAGCUGGGUCCAAUCUAGACAUCAAAAAUGGCAAGGGACACAGUCCACUUGAUCUUGCACAUCAAACUAAAAAUCGCUUAAUAAUUCACUUGCUUUCGGAAGAAGAAAAAACGAGAGCCAGAAGAACAUCGAGGUUUCUGAGAGUUCUGGAAAAAUAUGAGUCCUUGUUGCUGAUUGUCUCGUCAUUGGUGUUGAUAUGGACCAUAGGCUUUGUAGUGGAUUUGAAUUCAGAUUCUUGGCUAUUGAAAGGAAGCUUGCUACUCUUCCUAUCCCUUAUUUUGUCUGUCUUUGCAAGGUUAUUCAUAGGAUAUAACAAACUAAAAUAUUUUCCAGUAGCAUUUAUGCUUGGUUCUCUCUUCUGGGUAUCAUGGACUUGUUUCAUCUAUUUCCUGCCUCAUUUUCCAAGCACAGUUUCUCAGCUUCCUUUCUUUUUUGGUAUAGUGGGUCUUUUUUAUUAUUUCUACAAAACUGUCAGAAUGGAUCCUGGAUACAUUAAAUCUACAGAAGAGGAGAUUAAAAAGAAUAUCAUUAACCUUGCAGAAAAUGGCUCCUUGGAUUUCAGAACCUUUUGCACAUCUUGUCUUGUGAAAAAACCUUUGAGAUCCUUUCAUUGCCAUUCAUGCAACUCAUGUGUCGCUCGGUAUGACCAGCAUUGCAUUUGGGUUGGACAGUGCGUAGGUGUUGGCAAUCAUUCUUAUUUCCUCCUGUUUCUUAUCUUCUUGACCAUUGUGAAUAUUUGGGCUAUAUAUGGAACAAUUCUGUAUUGGUCAGAACACUGCACAACAACAUACCAGCAAGAUGGAGCAUGGACUUCAUUCACGCAGAUUGUGUCUUGUUCUCCUUGGGUGUUGUACAUUUUCACUAUUGUAUGUUUUCAUAUUUCAUGGGCUACUUUGCUGCUAGUCCUCCAGCUUUACCAGAUUAUAUUUCUUGGACUGACAUCUCAUGAGAGAAUUACUCUCUGGAAGCAGAGUAAGCGCUCAAAGCAUCCUGUUUCACUCAGGAAAACACCAUAUAACCAUGGAUGUCUUCAGAACAUUGCAGACUUCUUUCAGUGCAGAUGCUUUGGGAUGUUCAAGCCUAACAUAAUUGACUGGACUAAGCAAUACACGCUAAGAUUUCACUCACUGAAAGAGUGGAACACUCACUCCGUGUGAGGAAAACUUGCACCCGACCUGUGGGAUAUGCUGGAAGCUUAUAGAAAAUUGUAAUAUGCUGUACAGACUAUGACAAAAUUUGUAUUUCCUUUGCUAUAGCUCUCAUUUCUAUUUGGGAAGAAAGUAAUGUUUACAUGUAUAAAUUGUAUUAAAAUAGAUAAUGCAAAGACAAUUGUAGUUCUGAUGUCGUUUUCAGAUUGUUUCAUUUGAAAGGAAAUAGAACUGUGAAAUACAUUUUUUUUUAAAUAGAAAGGAGUCUUUUAAAAAAUAAAGCAAUCUGAAAGUCUUGUACAUUAUUCAUACAUGCCCACCCUUUGAUAUUUGGUCUUGAUGAUUAAAGAAAAUAAAAGAUGUUUUGAAAUGUCAAAAUAUUUCAGUAUAUCAAACUCAAUUUGUAAGCUUUAGUGACUUCUCUCUGUAUUGUAAAUCUGUGUAUAAAGACUGCUCAGAUCCAAUAUAUUUAUGCUCACAUUUAUUAAAUUAGAUCUAUUUUGUAUUUA